AUGGGGAACUACGUAUCAUGUACACUAACAAUCCAGACAGGAGGAAAACACAGCAUACCAAGUAAUGAAGCAACAGUUAUACUACCAAAGGGAGUAAUCAGAAAAAUUGAAGGACCCUUUUUGACAAAAGCAGCAGAAAUCAUGUUUGAGAUACCAAAUCAUUUCUUAGUGAAUUCGAAAUCGUUGCGUAUUGGUUCAAGAUUUUCAGCUCUUAAUGCUGAUGAAGAUUUGGAAAUGGGUAAUGUUUAUGUUUUGUUUCCGAUGAAAAGAGUUAGUUCUGUUGUUACAGCUUCAGAUAUGGGUUCAUUACUAUUGCUUGCUACUACUACUGCUGCUGCUGGGAAUAAGGGUAGAACAUCAGCAUCUGGUGGUGGGAACAAUAAAGUUAGAGUUUCUCCUGAAUCGAUAAUAGUACCACCUUCUGUUGUUGUUGAUGAUGAUGAUAAAGAUGAAGAAUUUGUCGAAGAUCAGGAUUCAUGGGUUGUUAUGAUUAGGAAUAUUAAAAGGGAUAAGAAACAGAGUGGUGGUGAUCAUGAUCAAAUUCCAAGACUGAGUUUAGAAGAUCUUGAUGAUAUUAUUCUUGCUGAUCUUCAACACAGAAGAUCAGUUGGUAGAUCAAGAAAACCAUCACUUAGCACAAUCACUGAAGAACCUGUUUUUUCAAGAUGA